GACAAGAGGCGUUGUUGUGCAUAUAUAGCCAGCAGCAGACAGCAGAGCAGAGCAGGAGAGUAGAAGUAAAAUCGAGUGCGGUGUUUUGUGUGUGUUUUGCCAUGUAUCACCUGAAGAGUUUGGCCCGCCAGGGCGCUAUGCGCCAGCAGGAGUUGACCACCCUGGUCAAGGCCCUGCCCACGGCAGCGCUGCAGGCACGUGGCUAUGCCACCGAGCACCAGAUUCCCGAUCGCCUCAAGGAUGUGCCCACUGCCAAGGAUCCGCGGUUCUUCGACAUGGUCGAGUACUUCUUCCACCGCGGCUGCCAGAUCGCCGAGGAGAGCCUGGUCGAUGAUAUGAAGGGCAAGCUGACCCGCGACGAGAAGAAGCAGAAGGUUAAGGGUAUUCUCAUGCUUAUGCAACCCUGCGACCACAUCAUCGAGAUUGCAUUCCCCCUGCGUCGCGAUGCUGGCAACUACGAGAUGAUUACCGGCUACCGUGCCCAGCACAGCACCCACAAGACGCCCACCAAGGGAGGUAUCCGCUUCUCGUUGGAUGUGUCACGCGAUGAGGUGAAAGCCCUGUCCGCCCUGAUGACCUUCAAGUGCGCCUGUGUGGAUGUGCCAUUCGGCGGAGCCAAGGCAGGCCUGAAGAUCAACCCCAAGGAGUACUCCGAGCACGAGCUGGAGAAGAUCACCCGUCGCUUCACCCUUGAGCUGGCCAAGAAGGGCUUCAUUGGACCCGGCGUCGAUGUGCCCGCCCCCGAUAUGGGCACUGGCGAGCGCGAGAUGUCGUGGAUUGCCGACACCUAUGCCAAGACCAUUGGACAUCUGGAUAUCAAUGCUCAUGCCUGUGUCACCGGCAAGCCCAUCAACCAGGGUGGCAUCCAUGGACGUGUCUCGGCCACCGGUCGCGGCGUUUUCCACGGUCUGGAGAACUUCAUCAACGAGGCCAGCUACAUGAGCCAGAUUGGCACCACUCCCGGCUGGGGCGGCAAGACCUUCAUCGUCCAGGGCUUCGGUAAUGUCGGCCUCCACACCACCCGCUAUCUCACUCGUGCCGGUGCCACCUGCAUCGGUGUGAUUGAGCACGACGGAACUCUGUACAACCCAGAGGGCAUUGACCCCAAGCUCCUGGAGGACUACAAGAACGAGCACGGCACCAUUGUGGGCUACCAGAACGCCAAGCCCUACGAGGGUGAGAACCUGAUGUUCGAGAAGUGCGACAUCUUCAUUCCAGCUGCCGUUGAGAAGGUCAUCAACAGCGAGAAUGCUGGCAGAAUCCAAGCUAAGAUCAUUGCCGAGGCUGCCAACGGCCCAACCACUCCCGCUGCCGACAAGAUCCUCAUCGAUCGCAACAUUUUGGUCAUCCCCGAUCUGUACAUCAAUGCUGGUGGUGUCACCGUCUCGUUCUUCGAGUGGCUCAAGAACCUCAACCAUGUCUCGUACGGUCGCCUGACCUUCAAGUACGAGCGCGAGUCCAACUAUCAUUUGCUCGCCUCAGUCCAACAGUCAAUUGAAAGAAUCAUUAAUGACGAAUCCGUGCAAGAGUCCCUUGAGCGUCGCUUCGGACGCGUGGGCGGCCGCAUUCCCGUCACCCCAUCGGAGUCGUUCCAGAAGCGCAUCUCCGGCGCCUCCGAGAAGGACAUCGUGCACUCUGGCCUGGACUACACCAUGGAGCGUUCGGCUCGUGCCAUCAUGAAGACGGCCAUGAAGUACAACCUGGGACUGGACCUGAGAACCGCUGCCUAUGUCAACUCCAUCGAGAAGAUCUUCACCACAUACCGCGAUGCCGGUCUGGCCUUCUAAGCGCCAGCGGAAGCGACGAGCCCCGCAGACUCUUAAUUAGUUAAUAAACCAUUCGAACUCAAGAGCAACAACUAAUGCUAUUGCUCCAUGCACCGCCGUUUUUAGAUGAAAAAUGUCACAAACUAAAAUGCAAAAGAAAUGUAAUUUAUAUACGAGUACGGCAAAUGAAGCUGGAGCCGGAAGAAAUCGUUUUUACCGUUUUAAUCAAUGCAAAAGAACCUUCGCCUCUGCUCUCGUGUUUUGUAUUAAGUUGAACAAGUUGCGAGCUUAUUAUUGUUGAUUUUUAUUCUGUAAUUUUUAAGUUGAUGAGCGUCCAACUGAAGCAAUUGCAUUUUCAAAUAUGUAUCGUAGCGUAUCGUCGUCUCGUAAAAUCGCCGCGUAUCGUACGAUCCGUUGCUCCGUUGCCGUAACAUUUAAAAUAAUCAAAUAUACACAAAAAUCUAAACUCUAAAAA